AUGACCGAAGAAAUUAAAGAAAAAAUUUCCCAUGUUGUUAGUGACAAUUAUGACAUAAAACGUCGCGAAGCUCUUGAAAAGAUUGAUAAUGCUGAAUUUGGAUGGUUUCAUAUCAGAGCUUGCAUGGUAUCUGGAGUAGGAUUUUUCACAGAUGCCUACGAUAUUUUCGCUAUCAAUCUUGUAGCUACUAUGUUAGCCUACGUAUAUUUUGGAACAAAUACACUUCCAACAGAUGUUGAUUUAGGAGUGAAAGUUGCAACACCAGUUGGCACACUUGUUGGCCAAAUUGCUUUUGGAAUAUUGGCAGAUCUCGUAGGUCGCAAAAAGAUGUAUGGUAUCGAGCUUUUGAUGAUAAUCUUCGCUACCUUAUCCUGUUGUCUCGUUUCAAAUUCCUAUGCUUUUUCACCUACUACAAAAACUUUUGUUCAGAAUUCUAAUGUCAUCUCCGCUCAAGGCCUUAUCACCUUCUGGCGUGUUAUUUUAGGUAUUGGCAUUGGAGGAGACUACCCUCUUUCAGCAGUUAUUACUAGCGAAUUCGCUACAACUAAGAGAAGAGGUGGCAUGAUGGCUGCCGUAUUUGCCAUGCAAGGUUUUGGAAUUUUGUCAGCAGCUAUCAUUUCAACUAUCACAAUAGUAUGUUUCCAGUCCGCUAUUACACCAAAUGAUUAUACACACAUUGAUUAUGCAUGGAGAAUUGUCACUGGAUUUGGAGCAAUUCCAGGAGUUGUUGCCCUUUAUUUCCGACUUACAAUACCAGAAACUCCUCGUUUUACCAUGGAUAUUGAACGUAAUGUCAAUCAAGCAGUUCAAGAUAUCGAUACAGUAUUAACAACAGGUUCAUACAGGCCUCGUGAACAAGAAAUUAACAUUAAAGUUGAUGCGCCAAAAGCUAGUUUUGCAGAUUUCUUUAGAUAUUUUGGUAAAUGGGAAAACGGAAAGGUUUUAUUUGGAACAGCUUUUACAUGGUUCGCACUUGAUGUAGCUUUUUACGGUAUCGGUCUAAACAACAAUGCUAUUUUAAAACAAAUUGGAUUCAUUGGGGAUGGUAAAGAUCCAUAUGGAUAUUUAUAUAAGGCAUCUGUUGGUAAUAUUAUCAUUGCAUUAUUGGGCACAGUACCUGGUUAUUGGGUUACCGUAUUUACCAUUGAUUCAUGGGGUCGACGUCCAAUUCAACUUAUGGGAUUUGGCAUGCUUACAGGAUUAUUUAUUAUUCUCGGAUUUGGUUAUAAUCCAAUUAAGAACGCAUCUAUGGAACUUUUCAUAUUUAUAUUUACAUUAUCACAAUUCUUCUUUAAUUUCGGACCUAAUGCUACUACAUUCGUUAUACCUGGUGAAGUAUUCCCAACUCGAUAUCGUUCAACUGCACACGGUUUAAGUGCCGCAGCAGGAAAAUUGGGAGCUAUUAUUUCACAAGUUGGAUUUAUCAAAUUAAAAGAUCAAGGCGGUGACCCUGGUUCAAAUGCAUUCAUCGACCAUUUAUUUAAAAUAUUUGCAGUUUUUAUGCUUGCUGGCUUAAUAUUCACUUUCUUCUUCGUGCCAGAAACAAAGAAUAAAUCAUUAGAAGAUUUAUCAAAUGAAAAUCAAGAAGGAUUUGUCAAAGAAAGUCGUCCGGCUGUUGUUUAA